AUGACACCGUCGGUUUCACCGCACCCUGAUGAACGUGUCCCGCCAAUAGACACCACGGCGGUCUGGAGGGCCCAGCACGCCCCCAACCGCACCCCAGAGCGUCAACGAAUCCUCGUUACCGGUGGAGCGGGAUUCAUCGGCUCGAACCUAGUUGACCAUCUGAUGGAGCUUGGUCACGAGGUCAUUGUUCUUGAUUCGUUGUUCACUGGUACCAAGGAGAACAUUGCGCACUGGAUAGGACACCCGCGGUUCGACUUCAUUCGUCACGACGUCACGGAGCGCAUCAUGCUGGAAGUCGACCAGAUCUACCAUCUGGCGUGUCCCGCUUCACCGCUUCACUAUAAGUACAACGCGAUCAAAACCAUUAAAACCAAUGUCCUGGGCACGUUGAACAUGCUCGGUAUCGCAAAACGCACCGGUGCACGACUUCUGCUGGCAAGCACCAGCGAGGUGUACGGCGACCCACUGGUACACCCACAACCAGAGAGCUACUGGGGCAACGUCAACCCAAUCGGUGUGCGCUCUUGCUACGACGAGGGGAAGCGCGUGGCAGAAACGCUCUGCUUUGACUAUUAUCGUCAGCAUCAUGUCGACAUUCGAGUCGCUCGUAUUUUCAAUACGUACGGUCCACGGAUGGUGGAAAAUGACGGGCGCGUGGUCAGUAAUUUUGUGGGCCAGGCAUUACGCGGAGAGGAGCUGACCAUUUUUGGCGAUGGUAGCCAGACACGCUCGUUCUGUUUCGUCAGUGACCUGGUGGACGCUCUGAUCCGACUCAUGAAUACAGAGGGCAUCACUGGUCCUGUUAACCUGGGUAAUCCAACAGAGUUCACGGUUCGGGAGCUCGCUGAACUGGUUCGAAGAAAGCUCCCGAAAAGUGGACCUAUUCGGUAUUUGCCGCCGACACCCGAUGAUCCCGGUCGCCGACAGCCGGAUAUCCAUUUGGCGCGCACCGUCCUCGACUGGGCGCCGCGCGUCCCGCUCGAGGAGGGCCUCGAUGCCAUGAUCGCCGACUUUCAACGCCGAGGUAUUGGUUCGAGACCCGUUGCGUAA